AUGCAAUUCAAGAUAGAUACAGUGAUUGACACUAUAAAUAACAAGUGGUCAAUUGUUAAGAAUGGAAAUUUCAGUGACUGUUAUUAUGCUCAAAAGGAUAACAGUAAUCUUGUUGGUGAGAAUUAUCCGUAUAUUGCGAAAAUUGUUGACAUCUAUGAGUAUAUUCAUCGUUAUAAAUACGUUUUGGGUAAUUUGAAGGCAAGCGAUUUACGCUUGGGUACAAAUGAAAACGACAAGCAACAAGUGUAUUUGAUUCGAUUCGAUUUCGUAUCUCAUUUGAUGACAAGAUCACUUAAAUCAAAUAAAACUAAAAUGCAUAAAGGCUGUAUUCGAUUGAUCUCACGAGAUGCUCAUCAGGGAGUACUGACAUUACGAGGAGAUAUGGAGAAUUUGGCUUUCAACUUACUAGAAUGGGCUGGUGGUGCUCUACCGUGGAUGAACUGUUUGAACGAAGCGGACAAGGUCCAGCGGUCGAAAGAUAAGCUAAUGUCAAGAACAAACAUCGAUUUACAUCGCUGUUUUCCAAAUGAAAUAUGCCCAGAAACUAUUCGAAAGUUCUUCGAACACAUAGGAGAGUGCGGUCUUACUGAGCUGCCUUCGUAUGAAAAAUAUAGAAAAUGUUUCUUAGGCAUACGUUCACAAUCUAGAUCAGAAACGAUCUCAGUAAAAAAAACACAUAAUUUGCGUAAGCGACGUGUUCCUGAAAAUACUGACGCAAAGAUGUCAGAUAAUCAGCAAGCUUCGAAAAAAAUCAAAGUGGACAAUCGACAGGCUGUUGUUAAAAGUGUUGCUCCGAAGUUUGUACCUGCAAAACGUGACGCGCUAGUAGUUGGAAGUCCAAUACUAGCAUGGAUGAAAUCAUAUUCACCGUGGCCAGCAAGAUUGAUUAGUAUUGAUAAUGCCAAUUGCAUUGUAUAUUUUUACGGUGAUAAUAAUAGGACAGGAAAAGUGCCGAUCGACCGCAUUGAUUUACAAAAUUGUAAUAUGAAUUGA